UUUCAUUUUUUCACUUCCACCGUGAAUCUACAAAAACCCAAGAGACAACUAAAACUCUCUUUGCCUUUUCUCUUGCUUCUGAUCUCUUUCACCUUUUCAAACAAAGCACCAAUCUCUCUCUCUCUCUCUCUCUUUGUGACAACUGACCCGUGAGGCCACUCCCAUUAAACAUCUUUAAACUUUGUUUGAUUCCCAAUACGAAAAGCCAGCAUAAGCUCUUUCUUCACCAUUAGUACUUUUCUCCCUUUCCCACAUCAAAAUUCCCACUUCUGAUUGUCGCUCGGCUCUGUUACAGAAUUAAAGCUUUCCUAAUUCAAGACCUUUUAUUUCUCUCUUCGAUGGCUUCGAAGACGAUUCCAGAUUCGAGUUGGAGAUCGAGUCCGAUAGCCACUCGUUGUCAGCUUCCGACUUCACCGUCAAGCUGAUCGUUUCCAAGCCCGCGAACAACGCUGUUAUGCCCAGCAAGAAGAUUGCUUCGGCGAAGCCUGCUGUAGCGCCCAAUUUUGGGUCGAAGCGACCGACGGAGACCGAGCCCAGCCCGAAAAAUUCCAAGAAGAAGAAGGUCGGCGAUGACGAUGAGGAUACGAAAAAGAGGCAGUGUUUUUGGAGCGAGGAUGAGAUAACAAUUCUAAAGUGCAUUAUAGAGUUCGAAAGCAAGAAAGGUGUAGAGGCGAGUUCGAAUGUGGCCCCAUUCCUUGAGUUCAUCAAGAAUGAUUUGCAGGUCGAUUUGAGCACCGACCAAUGGCUGAGAAGUUGACUGAUAAGAUCAGGAAAUUAAAGAAGAAGUACCAGGCUGGAGAGGAUAGCGAGGACUCGGUGUUUUCGAAGCCCCAUGAGCUUAAGUGCUUUGAGCUGUGCAAAAAGAUUUGGGGUUCUGAGGCCAAUGGACUCGAUAGCAAUGUGAAGGGUGGUAAGAGGAAGCCGCCGAGGAAGAAUAAUAAGGUUAACAACUAUACAGUUCUGGCCUUGCCGGUUUCAGGCGUGUUUGUAAAGAAAGAGGUGCAGAAUAAUGUGACUUGCCGGUUUCAAACAGUUCUGGCCAAGCAGCUGUCACUUUAGAGAAAGGAAUAUUGCCCUUAAUCAUGUCAUCAAGCGACAUAUCUAAAACAGAAAGCAGAAAGAAAAGAAAGUAAAAGCAGAAAGAAAAGAAGGUAAAAACAGAAAGCAAAAGUAGAAAGCAAAAGCAGAAAGCAAAAGAAGAUAAAAAGAAGCAGACAUAA